AUGUUUAGCCCGUUGGAGCUUUGUAACGCGUUGAACCGUGUAAAGCACCAGAAAAAGAGUCGGCUUGCUUCAUACAUUGACGCCCACUCCGCAUCCCAACCUCCCUACCACUCACCAUCUCCUUCGCCUGAACCCCCAUCAUCCCGCACAUUGGAGCUCGUUCCAGGUCAAGACACUUCACCAACUCCGAGAAAACACAAACCAAGAUACCUCUCCGAUCAAACACCCUUGCCCAAUCUUCUACAGACAUCUUCUAGGCAAAGCCUGGCUUUCAUCCAGAAAUUGGCGGUGGUUAUGACACUACAGCUUCACCGAAUCCUGUUCGCUGUCGGUACGGUUCUCCAGAAGAGAAAUCUGAUCUUCACAUAG